CGUCAAAUCGAUACGUGAAAAAAUCUGUCAGUGUUGUGAAAAAUAUUUGUUUCGGUAAAAACUGAUGUCUUUCUAUAUUAAAAGUAUAUUAGUAAAUGCAAGAAACUGUUAUAGAAGAUUUGUUGAUACAAAUAGAAGUAAUAUGCGGAAAUUACAAAUGUGCGGCACUGAAGAGGAAAUGAGGGAGGUCGCUGGCAGAAUUUGCAGGAAUUAUCUCCAUGGAGCCUGGAAGACAGUCGAUCCAUCGGAGCUGGACUUCAAGAGAAUCAGUGGAGGCCUAUCGAAUUUCCUAUACUACGUGGCGCUCCCAGACACAAGCAAGAUACGGUACACCCGUGAGAGUUCCUUGGAAGCUGAUGAAGCCAGGCUUCAGAGGCGACAAAUCAUGAGCUCCCAUUCAUUCUCCAUGGAUGAACCGAAAAAGGUACUGCUGCGUAUAUACGGCCAGGUUCAUGGAGAAAGAGCAAUGGACGCUAUAGUCACCGAGUCAGUUAUAUUCACUCUAUUAUCUGAAAGAAGACUCGGUCCGAAGUUGCACGGAGUGUUCUCUGGAGGAAGAAUCGAACAGUACGUGCCGGCGAGGUCGCUUCUCACCAAAGAGCUCUCAGAACCCUCGCUCUCUAUGAAGAUAGCUGAGAAGAUGGCGGCCAUACACUCCAUGGACGUGCCGCUGUCCAAGGAACCGAACUGGCUUUGGAAGACCAUAUACAAGUGGAGCAAGAUAGUUAAAGAAGAGAGGCUAGAUAACACAGUUGUUGGAAAGAACGAUCAGGAACAGAGUAUCAUCAAGCAUCUGCGUACGAUAGACUUCGAUAAGGAAAUUGAAUGGUUGAAAAAAUUCCUGGCCACGGUCGAGUCGCCCGUGGUGUUCUGCCACAACGACAUGCAAGAAGGCAACAUCCUAAUGUUGGAGGAUGACACUCCGAACGAGGAAGAAUCCACGGCCUACGUCGGCUCGUACGAGGACAAGAAGGACAUCCACUACGACGACGAGGACUCCAUCAUAAGCCAGAUAUCGGACAGCGGGGAACCCAAGCUGGUGCUCAUAGACUUUGAGUACUGCGCCUACAAUUACAGGGGCUUCGACAUUGCGAACCACUUCCAGGAGUGGUGCUACGACUACACCAACCCCGAGACGCCCUUCUACCACGAGAACCACGACAACGCGGCCACGCUGGAGCAAAAGGAGAUUUUUAUCAAGGAGUACCUGAAGCAUUAUCACUCAGGGGAGGACAGGUCACCUUCUAUAGAUGAUGUGAAUCAGCUGCUAGCGGAGGUGGAGGCCUUCGCGUUGGCCAGCGACCUGUUCUGGUCUCUAUGGUCCAUUGUCAAUGCAUCCAAGAGCCAAAUACCCUUCGGUUAUUGGGAAUACGGGCUAUCAAGAGUGGAGUCUUACUUGCGUCUCAAACAGGAAGUCAUCAAGAAAGCCAACUACGGUCUACCGUUGAAAAGAAAAAUAUGUGAAGUUGAUAUAUGAGUCGAGUUGAAACAGUGAAGGGUACUCUGAGAGACGGACAUACAGUGAAAAUUAUUAUGACUUUGUAUAUAGGAGUGGUGAUUUACUGAGAAUAAAUUAAAGGCUGCUAGAAGGAAAGACCCGUUGUGGACUCGGAUAUACACGAGGAUGUUAUCUUAGCAGUAUUAACGCACAACCGAAUGACAUUCCUAUCUGUAUUUCAUAGAUGACUUAUGCUUUUAAAAAAUUUAACAUAGAAAUUUAUACGUAAUAAUAUAUGGAAGAGAUAAUUAAAAAUUCACAUAUAUCAGUCGGCACCAAUGAUUAAAUGAACGUGCCUUGGCUGUUAGUAUAGUUUUGACGGUGUGAAAACUUCCGAAAUAAUAGAUUCGGUAGUUCAUUAUGUUUAUAGAUACUUAAUGCUAAGUACUUAUAAUAAAAAUAACAAUCUCAAUCUCAUACGUUUCCUGAACAGUUUUUGUAAAUAAUAUUACCAAAGACUCGGGCUGCAUGUAUAUAGAUACUCUCACAUAUACGAUAUAUUUAAGCGAAACAUUAAAAAAUCCUUUUGUAAAUAAUAAUUUAUGUACAAAUUUAUAUUGUGGUUUUUUUUUGUGAUACCGUUCUUAUUUAGUGAUGACAUUAAACGAUAAUUACCUUA